AUGAGCUACGGCCGAGUGCCAGGCACCAACAUGGGCGCCCACAGCGGCCUCAACACGCCCACCGGCUCAGAGGCCUACUCGGCAUCCCACCACUCGGCAUCCGAAGAGUACAGCGUCGAUGCCACCCAGCUCUACAAGGACUACGACGAAGAGGACGACUACCUCCACUCGAGCCCCUACAAGGACGAGCGCUACUCGUUUGUCCAGGGCUUCUUCCAUCUCCGCGGCUUCCUCAACAUUGCCACCCUCGGCCUCAUCGCCCUCGCCCUCCUCAUGCUCUUCCUCGGCUACCCCGUCAUCGCAAACGUCGAGAAGAUCUUCAGCACCAAGCCCGACACCAACGCUCCGCAGCGCCAGUCGAACGUCGCACAGCGCGGCCUCAUCGACCCGGACACGGACCCCAGCUUCUACAAGCGCACCUAUGCCCCCGACGGCUCAAAGUGGCACCUCGUCUUUAGCGACGAGUUCGAGCAGGAGGGAAGGACCUUCUGGCCGGGCGAGGACCCCUACUUUGAGGCAGUCGACAUCUGGUACUGGGGAACCGGAGACUACGAGUGGUACUCGCCCGAGGCGGUCAACACCACUGGCGGCGCCCUCGUCAUCACCCUCGACGAGUACGAAAAGAACCAAAAGAACUUCCGCUCCGGUAUGGUCCAAUCGUGGAACAAGGUCUGCUUCCAGGGCGGCUACGUCGAGUUUUCCGUCAAGCUGCCCGGUAGGCACGACGUCGCAGGCUACUGGCCCGGUCUCUGGACCCAGGGCAAUCUCGGUCGGCCCGGCUACGGUGGCACCAACGAGGGCAUGUGGCCGUACAGCUACGACUCGUGCGACACGGGCAUCCUGCCCAACCAGACCUACCUCAACAAGACGGGCCCCGCCAAGGCGAAGAACGCCCACGGCCAGUACUCGUACCAGUACAACUAUGACCUCUCGUGGAUGCCCGGCAUGCGCUUCCCGUCGUGCACCUGCCCCGGAGAAGACCACCCGGGACCCAACAACAACGUUGGCCGCUCGUCGCCCGAGCUCGACAUCCUCGAGGCCAACAUCAACCUGGCAGAGAAGCGCGGCCAGUCAUCGCAGUCGCUCCAGAUGGCUCCGUUCGACGUCGACUACUACUACGGGAACAAGACGGGCGUCAACGUCGAGAUCUACGACACCGAGCAGACCAAGCAGAACGACUACACCGGAGGCCCGAUCCAGGAGUCGAUCUCGGCGCUCAGCCUGGUGCCGGACAAGGCGUACCAGCUGAGCGAGCCCAGCGAGUACACGACGUUUGGCGUGCAGUGGGAGCCGGACUGGAACGGCGACGGCAAGGGCGCCUACGCGACCUGGAUCAUGGACGGCAAGCCGACGUGGACCGUCUAUGGCAACGCCAUCGGCCCCGUCCCGGAGCUCGACAUCGGACAGCGCCUCAUCCCGCGCGAGGCCAUGUCGCUCGUGAUGAACGUGGCCAUCUCGCAGAGCUUCCAGCAGCCGGACUGGGACAACAUGCCGUUCCCGGGCAAGAUGGAGGUCGACUACGUGCGCGUCUACCAGCUCGACGGCCGGCCGGACCGAGUGACGUGCGACCCGGACGACUACCCGACCUACGACUACAUCCAGCGCAACAAGGACAUCUACUUUAACCCCAACAUCACCGUGUUUGACAAGGCAAAGAUUCCCAAGAAUAAGCUGACCGGCUGCUAG